AUGACUCCUACUAAUGAAGUUGAUCAUGUUGAUUUGGAUGGUGAUACACAAGAUUUAGAAGAUAUUCAUGUUAUUGAUGAUAUUUCACCAACCUCAGCAAAUGGCCAAAAGAGAAGAAAUCGUGCAUCAAAUUCUUCUGAUAUUCUUCCUACAAAGAAAAGAGGUUCUAUCAAAGAUGUUAUUGCUGAUUUGAUUGCUAGAAUGGCUUUAUCAUUUGAAGAGUUUAUCCGUGCUGAUACUAAGAACCUUGAUCCAGUAGAGGUAUAUGUUGAAGUACAAGCAGUACCAGUUGGGCAACUGAGGAAUUGCUUCAACCUUUUCACUUUGUUGUUGUCUGAGGCUUCAAGCUCUUGGGUUUUCGUAGGUACUCAGCAGCUGACAUUUGGGUGA